UUUCAAGACAUUCACUGUGGGUGGGGGGACUUAUUAGCGUUCAUUCAGUAGCUGUCACAGCCUCAAAUGACUCAGAUUUAUUGUUUUAUCUCCUCCACGGGAAUUUCUUUUGUGCAUCCAAACCUGCUAACCUCAGUGCGGUGACAGGAAAUGUGUUCAUUUUACCUUCGCGUCGCAAGAUAAUAUUUUGCAAAAAAGCACUCUCGCACACACACAUGCCUCAUUUUACAGGAAAUUUGCUGAAGGCAAAUGUACAGAAAGAGAGUGAAAUGUACUAGACUCACUUCCAUGAACAUCUGAACAUCAUUUCAGCAACAAGAGUGACAGCUAUUUCUCAUCAUGACUGAAGCAUAUACAGACAGCAUGAAUACAACAGCAUAUGAUAACUACGAAACAGAAAACGUAUGCACGAUUGAGGGUUCACACCUGAAUUCACAUCUCAAGGCUGCCAUUUUCUACAUGGUUUUUGCACUUGGCCUCAUUGGUAACAUCACCGUCUUAUGGGUCCUCUUGAAAAUCAUGCAUGUGAAAAAUAUGACAAAUCUCUGCCUGCUGAAUCUGGCUCUAUCAGACCUACUGAUGGUCCUCUCACUGCCCUCUUGGGCUCUCUAUGCUCAGGGCCACUACUUUAAAGCCAAUGGGAUGUGUAAGGCAAUGGCGGGUACAUACCAAGUUGGAUUUUACAGCGGGAUCUUAUUCGUGACUCUAAUGAGCGUGGAUCGCUAUUUGGUCAUUGUACAUGCCGUUGCGGUGCUGGGAUCGAAGAUGUUGCGAUAUGGAAUUAUUGUGAGUCUCAUUAUAUGGAUGGUUUCCAUCUGUGCUGCCCUUCCAGAGGCCAUCUUUGCAGCAAUGGUCACAGAGGACAACAUUACCAGCUGUCAGAGAGUUUAUCCUGCUGGGUCAGCCCAAAAGUGGAAGCUUUUCCGUAACUUUGGUGAAAAUGCAGUAGGACUAUUCAUCUCUUUGCCCAUUUUAGCCUACUGCUACAUCAGGGUCCUAAUGGUUGUGAAGAAGACAAAAAACUCAAAAAAGGAACGGGCCAUAAAGCUCAUUUUAGGCAUUGUCAUCGUGUUUGUGGUCUUCUGGGUGCCUUACAAUGUGAUGGUGUUUCUGAAAACCUUGGAGGAGUUUGGCUUUCUAAGUGGCUGCGAGGCUUAUCGUGGUAUCAACAUGGCCAUGAACGUGACAGAGACGAUCGCACUCACUCACUGCUGUGUAAAUCCGAUCAUUUAUGCCUUUGUUGGAGAAAAGUUUAGAAAAUCCCUAAUAAGUAUGUUUUCAAGAUAUCUUGGAUGUGUGAAGACUUACCAAUCGUCAUCUACACAAUCCAAAGUUUCAGAGAAUGAAACUUCCAACACGGCAAUUUUUUUUACAUCUCCCAUCAAAAGUACACAAGUGUAGGUUAUAAUUUUUAAAGGUUUUAUAAUUUUUUUCUUUGUAAAUAUUGUGCUUAUCAUUCAAAAUGUCUUCAUUCAUGUGUUACAACAUAUAAUACAUUUGUUGAUUUUAUGAUGGUAAUAUCAUAUCAAUUAGACUACCUCAAUUAAUAAAACCAAAUGUCAAUUAUAAAAAUUAACCAUCAUACAAGAACAUGAAAAUUCUGCGUCAGCUUGGUGGGGCAAGAGAUGCUUUCUGUCUUCUGGUGUUUGUGAAUAAACUAGUGUUUUACACACUGGCUUAAAAUGAACUUAUGCAUUAAAUUUAAUGAAUUUACAAAUGAUUUAAUGUUACUAAUAUAUCUGUUCCUCAAUAUCUCUAAGGUCACAUUACGUGACCUGUUAAAAAGUUCAUUACUCUUUCCGUAUAAUAGUUAUUAACCACAGGAAAAAAAAAAAAAAAAAAAAAA